AUGGCUGCAGGGAAACAUACUGUUGGAGGAACCAGGAACCUUGUCAGUUUAUCACAACUCACGCAUACACCUAAGCAACUUUCUGAUUGUGAACCAAAGGUUCAGAGUCUGAUAGUGCAACAAGCCCAGCAGACAGACCGCAAAAUAAAAGAGAUGAUGGGUGUUGAUACAGCACAUCUAUCCUGGGAGUGUUCUCUGUCUGCUUUUUUGUGUGCUUACCGGGGAGUGCUGCAGAAAUCCAUUGGUUUCUUCCCCUUACAGCUACUACAUGAGCGCAGUGGGUGUGGUUUAAGGGAUGUUACCAGAGAUCGAUGGGGAAUUGAAACAGGCAAAUCAG